CGUUCGAAGGUAACCUAUCAAAGGCAUCUGCUCAUACAUUGAACUUGCGGUGUACUCGAUGUCACAGCAAGCCUGUGAUCCAAAGCUGCUGUUUCACUGGUGAGAGGAGACCGCGUUCCGUACCGCUUCUUGCUUUGCCAUAGUAAAGGCAGUGGUCAUUUCAAGUGAGAGAGCAUUCUAGUGUAUUGAAUCUGUAUCUUACCCCACCACAUGCAGUCCUCGCAUCUGUUCAAGCUCUCCUCACUCACCAACCACCAGCUUAUAUUCCAGACGUCUACAGCAAUCUGUGAACAUGGCGGACGACAAUCGGGCUACCGUUCGGCCUCACAUGCUUCCGUUGUAUGAAGGCAAAUUCUCCUGGAGCCAGGCUACCUUGAAUGCCAACAUCAAAGCAAAGAAACCAGACCACGAUCCGUACAAUCCCGCGACAUGGCCACGCAUGACGAUGAGCCAGCUCACGAUCUCUCUGGGGAUGGAGUAUAGUGGAAUCGUCGCUCUACCGAUAGGUCUGGCUUACGAUCAGCAAGUUUACGACAAGUAUCAAUUCUUUCAUAAAACCAGGGGCAGCAUUCGUAUUACGCAAAUAAGCACUGGAACACAGGUUCGUAUUAACCCCGCGUUCUACUACUUUCCGUUCCUGUACGGACGCUUUGGUACGCCUUAUCAAAAACCGGGCCUGUUGGCGAUCAAUCGAGAGCACUGGAUGGAGAAAGUUACUGGAGUGGCACCUACAAAAGAGGGGAAACCUAUGGUAGAGAAAUCGUCGUUGGAGAAGCCUUCGAUGGGGAACCCUUUGGCGAAGAAGCCUUCAGUAGAGAAACCGGAAUCCUCAGCUGCGGCGCUCGAGGAGGUACUCAGAAUGAUGAACGAAUCACCAAGUCUCAAUAGUGCUCAAGUAGCAGCUCUUGAGAACGACAUCGCUGCGCUCAAGACACAGCUUGCCGAUCGACAUAAACUAAUAUUGAGCAUGAAGCUGCAACACCAUACAGCGCUAGCAAGUUUGGCAGACGAGCUCGAAGUCGCCAGCAGCUCUAAGGCUGCUCUCAGUCACGAUCUCGCAGCCCUCAAAACCAAACUCUCUAGUUCAGAAACUCUCUGGAAGCAAUCUUCGACGGCUGCGGAUAGACGGGCAGCCGCGGCGGAGAAGAGAGUCGGUUUUCUGGAACAGGCUGCCAAACAGAAUGAUCAGCAGUUGGCCGAGAAAUCCAAGCAGCUCGAAGCUGCUCAAAAGGAAGCAGUCAAUGCAGAUGAGAGAGUCAUGAAGAUCUGGGCUGAGAUGAAGAGGACCAAAGCUACGGAGAACGGCAAGAGGAAGGGCAGUGAGAAUCCAUCUACUGCCCAGGCUAAAAAGUUGAAGCUCGUCUAAUUUGAGCACUGGAAGUGAUGAGGGUUUCCGGAGAGUGCUGGUGACACGAAAAAUUGCAGCAUUGAAAUGGCGUUUCAAGGACGGUCGUCGGAAAACUGCUGGAAAUGAGAACUUGCUUGAUAGUGAAAGCAAACACAAAUCAAAUCA